AUGGAUACCAAUAAGAAAAGCGAAGAUAUGGACAUUCCAACCGUAGAAGGCAACCUCCUGCAGCAACCGAAAGAAGAAACAAUGCCACCUCGAAAUCCGCUAAUGAAAGUGCGAACAUAUGUGCUUGCCUUGCGUCCUUGGUCGUUGAGUGCAAGUCUGUUACCGACUCUGCUGGGGGCUGCGCUGGCCUACCGUCUUCCUGGCGAUAGUAGCUUCAGUUGGUGCACUUUAUUGUUGACAUUGUGCACAAUUAUUCCUGUUCAUGGUGCUGGCAAUGUGGUAAACACAUACUUUGAUUUUGUUAAAGGUAUUGACAAUCGUAAAUCUGACGAUCGAACUCUAGUCGACCAUAUUUUGAGUAUAGAUGAAGUUGUAUCUCUUGGUGCUAUAUUAUACCUUGCUGGAUGUGCCUCCUUUGUUCCACUUGUAAUUCUAUCACCAGCUCGCAUGGAGCAUUUGGCUCUGGUAUACUUUGGAGGAUUGUCUUCAUCAUUUUUAUAUACUGGUGGUAUAGGAUUAAAAUAUAUAGCUCUUGGUGAUAUUUUAGUUUUAGUUAUAUUUGGGCCAGUAUCAGUAGUUUUUGCUUUCUUAGCACAAACUGGUAGAGUGGACUGGCCAAUAAUUUACUAUGCAAUUCCACUUGCUCUGAACACUGAGGCUAUUCUGCAUAGUAAUAAUACUAGAGAUUUGGAGACAGAUAGCAAAGCAGAAAUUGUAACAUUAGCAAUAUUGAUUGGUAGAACAGCUUCAUAUUUGUUGUAUGCAUUUUUAUUAUUUACUCCUUACAUUAUGUUUGUGGUAGCUUCUGUGCGUUGUUCAUUGUGGUUCUUAAUUCCAAUGCUAACUUUGCCUAGAGCUUUUGAAAUAGAAAGAAGGUUUAGAAGCCCUGAGACAAUGAGAUAUGUACCAAGACAGACUGCCAGACUCAACUUUUAUUUUGGCAUGCUGUACAUGAUAUCAUGUUUGUUUGCUCAUCGCCUUCCAUUCCUUCUUCGGUAA